AUGAAAGCAGUGAGAAAUUGCCUUCGAGGCUUCAAGGCUUGUAGUCAUCAGUCAUCAAUGAACAUUUUCCUGUCCCGACAGCAAGGCAACAAUUAUUUCAUGAUGCUUAAGGAGAAUCCAACUAAAUUUGCUGUAAAUAAUGUAGAUAUAUCGAACAACAAUCAAAGAUUCAUCCAUUCAAAUUUUGUUUUAUUAAAAGAAAGAAUGUUUGACAAUGAUCUUGAGCAACAAAUCUAUGAAAGAGAAAAGGAAGCAUUAAUGAGAGGCCGUAUCAGUGAAAGCGGGGAGAAUGAAACAGACGCUCAGGAACCAGAAAACGGAAUGACCAACUUUGUGGUAGUAUCAUCACUGUUUCUUUGUGUAUGGUAUGGGAUCAAGUACUUGUACAACCAAUAUAAAACAUCCAUACGAGAAAAUGAAAACUUUGAUUGGUUGAUGAGUGGAAGCUUGAAUACCAACACAUUAUCAGAAGCAGAUGAGACAAACAUUGCCUCUUUACUUUCUGACAUCAAGACAUUGGUCAAAGAACAUCAAUAUAUAGACGAAUUCUAUAGUUCUAAUUUCAUCAAAAAUAUUUUCAAGCUAGCCUUAUCCAAAAAUAAUAAUCUCUCUGAACCAGCCCUUGAAAUAAUGUCCAUAAUUUUUCGAAAAGGCUCAUCUCCUCGAUUGGCAGAGUUAUUUUAUAAGAUAUCUAUUCAGAAUAAGGAUUUUAAUAUUAUUCGGAUGGUAAUUGACAAUAUUAGCUCUUUUCAGAGCUCCUCCUCCCACAUUAGUUUUGAAGAACUUUCAAAUUUGGCAAAUAUGUCUUCAAGAGAUGCUUCUCAACGUAUUCAACAAUUUGAAUCCAUGGAUAUGCGACAAACCAGAGCUAUUGUAUUACGCGAGAAACGCUCCCUCUCUCUACUCUCUCAUUUCUUCUCCAACAAACAUUUAUUGAAGCAUUUUCUAGAGGAUGACGCUUAUCGAAAUGAUCUUAUUAAUUUAUUCAACAAAGGAAAUGAUUUGGAAAGAUUUAUUGCUUUGAUUUGCAUGAAUGGGAUUGUAAUGUCUUGCCUGACGACGAGUAACAUGAGGUCUUUAAAUGAAACCCAUCCACAUCUUAUUAAUGCCAUGAAUCAAUCAGCAAUGAAGGUCAAGGAUCAGAUAUAUAAGAAUCACAUCUCUAUAUUGACAAGACAUAUCGAAAACAUGAACGAGAAUACAAUGGUUUUAAGCCUUAAAUCACCCAAUUCCACUAAUUUACUAGGGUCGGCUAUUGUAAGCUUUAUUUGUCAUCUACACAUGAAAUAUCAAGUAAGGCUACCCGUUCAUAGAUCUCUAUGGAGAGCAUCAGUUUUAUUUACCUACUGCAUUUAUCAUUCAACCUACCAAAAAUCACUCUCCAACUUUUUAUCUGACAGAAUUCACAAUAAGAAUGCCUCAUUACCUUUAACUGAGUACAAUAAGAAUUGGAACGAAGCAGAAUACAAAAUCAUAUUUUUGAAUGGAAUUCUAUGGAUUAUUACGAACAGUAUUGUUAGGAACUGGUUUGCUUUUGUACCACUAUUGCUUUUUUAA